GCGGCGGCGGCGCCUCCCCAUUUAAGCCGGGCGGCCUCCUGGCCCAGCGCAGCCUCCGCUCCCACCUCGCCGCGGCCGGUGCCAGACAGGCGCGCGCGCAGCCCUUUGCGCUCCCGCGGCGGGAGGCGGCGGCGGACGACGACGAGAGCCCCUCCUUGGCAGCCUGGCUGGGGGCUGCGCAGCGCGGCGGAGGAGCCGGAGACCCCUCCCGGGGCGCAUCCGCAGGGUUGUUGCUGCAGGAAGUGACCAUGGCUGGCCUGAAUGAGCUACGAUUCACAGAAGAGAAGCCGCUGCUUCGGGGGCAGGACGCCGAGUUGGAGAAUUCGGAUACUUUCCUGUCUCAAGUGGACACUGACUGGAAGGAGCAUGAUAUCGAGACUCCAUAUGGGUUGCUGCACGUGGUCAUUCGGGGCUCUCCAAAGGGAAACCGCCCAGCUCUCCUGACCUACCAUGACGUGGGACUCAACCACAAGCUUUGCUUCAACACCUUCUUCAACUUCGAGGAUAUGCAGGAGAUCACCAAGCACUUUGUCGUGUGCCAUGUGGACGCUCCGGGGCAGCAGGCGGGGGCCUCCCAGUUCCCCCAGGGGUACCAGUAUCCUUCCAUGGACCAGCUAGCUGCCAUGCUGCCCAGUGUGGUCCAGCACUUUGGAUUCAAGUACGUGAUUGGAAUCGGCGUGGGAGCAGGCGCCUAUGUCCUUGCCAAGUUUGCGCUGAUCUUCCCAGAUCUGGUCGAAGGUCUUGUUCUGAUCAACGUUGACCCCAAUGGCAAAGGCUGGAUCGACUGGGCAGCCACCAAGCUCUCUGGCCUGACCAGCACUUUACCUGAUACGGUCUUGUCUCACCUGUUCAGCCAGGAGGAGCUGGUGAGUAACACAGAGUUGGUGCAAAGCUACCGGCAGCAGAUUGGGAGCAUGGUGAACCAGUACAACCUGCAGCUCUUCUGGAACAUGUACAACAGCCGCAGAGACCUGGAGAUCAACCGGCCUGGGAGUGUCCCGAACGCCAAGACCCUCCGUUGCCCUGUGAUGCUGGUGGUGGGAGACAAUGGGCCAGCGGAAGAUGGUGUGGUUGAAUGCAACUCAAAGCUGGAUCCAACCAGCACCACUUUCCUGAAGAUGGCUGACUCCGGUGGGCUCCCCCAAGUCACACAGCCUGGAAAAUUGACUGAGGCUUUCAAGUACUUCCUACAAGGGAUGGGCUACAUUGCAUACCUGAAGGACCGAAGGCUGAGUGGAGGAUCAGUGCCCUCGGCCAGCAUGACCCGCCUGGCGCGCUCUCGCACGGCCUCGCUCACCAGCGCCAGCUCGGUGGAGGGCAGCCGCCCGCGGACCUGCACUCACUCGGAGAGCAGCAGCGAGGCCAUGGGGCAGGUCAACCACACCAUGGAGGUCUCCUGCUGAGCCUCUCCCUGGAGGAGGAGAAGAAGAAGAAGAAGACCGGGCCCUCCGGCGGCCCCAUCCGCUGCAGCUUCCCGUGGCUCUCUGUCUUUCCGUUGCUCUCUGUCUUUUCCUUUCACAUCUUCGAGUCCAAAGUGGGGGUGGGGGGAGAGGGAGCAGCAGCAGCUCCGUGCCCGCCACAGCCCGGAACUAGCCGCGCUCCCUCCUCUGGGCCUGUCACUCGCAGCCCGCCUCCCUGGCUGGCUUGGAGGGGCCCCCCCUGCUCUGCUGCACCCCUGGAGGCCAGAGGCAGGUGGGAAGGUGGCUGCCUGCUGGGCCUGAGCGCCUUUCUGCCCGCGACAGAAAGGCCGCUUCGAGGGCGGCAGCAGCAGCCCGUUCUCUCUUGAGCUCUUCCCCUGGGUGUGUGGCUGGUUGGCCCGACAUGGGGGGGGGGGCUGGGGGAGGAUUGCCGCCUGGGAGGCAAGGGCACCUUGUCUUUCCACCUGGGGGCUGACCCCCAACCCACCCCCAACUUCUCCUUGAUCUUGAAGCACAAGGUCUGGGCCAACAGCUCUGGAAAGCUGCGGGGGGGGGGGGCAGGGUGUCUUGGUGUGAAGGGGCCUUGCUAGGGACGGACACACACACACACACACACACACACACACACACACACACACAGAGCUAGCGUGUGUGCAUGCAGGAGGCAGCCAAGUUUCACUCAGCCCCCGGCGUUCAUUGAUGCAGAAGGGUCUUCUUACACCUCUUCCCUGACCCCCCAAGGGGGUGGUUGUGGGGGCUUGCAGGGCUUGUUUUGAGUGGCCCUGCAGCCACUUGCUCCCCUGCCCAGCGGCCAGUGCUGCUGACUAAGCCCCCCCUCACCCCUCCCCGAAAUGCCAGCCCCAGGCGUAGGUGGGUCUGCCCUGCCGCCUUGCUGCGGCUUCCCCCUGAGCUGCCCUGUGGCCACUCUCUCCAGCUCCUCACCCAAGGCAGUUUCCAGGCAGGCCCCCCUGGAGGAAAGUCCUUUGGGAAGCAACGUCGGUUGGUUGUGUAGAUGGGUGCUGAGGGAUCACUAGGUUUCCUUGAUGCCAGCUGAGCAGCCGAGGGGCCUGCCCCAAGAGUGGGCAGGCAGGCAGGCUCUGUUUUGGGGUGGCCGGCCUGAGGCCCUCCGGUGGCCUUUUCUCACCCAGAAAGGAGGAGGGAUUUGCACUGCAGCCCCUUUGGUCAGCUCAUAAACCAGUUUCACUCUUGACUGUGGGGUGAGUAACAAAACACCCCCAAAGUGGGCUUGGAGCGGGCAGCCAUCCCCUCUGCCCCGGUGGGUGAUGCCGGGUUGCUGUCCUCUCUGCGGCUUUCCUUGUUUGGAAGACUCCCUUGCCCACCUGGACACCUGGAGAGCAGCCUUUAUGCUCCGGCUUCCGGGUAAUAGAAGAGAACCCGAGGCAUGCCGCCGAAGGGCUGGCCCCCUAGCACCCAGCAUCUUAACUGUGGCUCGUUGCCCCAGCUGGGGAUGAUGGGGCUUGUAGUCUCACAACAGCUGGGGCCCCAAGGUUGAGAACGCCGGCUCUAGGGGCCCGUCAGGCCAGCCCCCUCCAUCCCCAGGACCAGGGGCUUCUCCUUCCCAGCCAGAGCCCCUGCCUGAAAAACCAGCAGGCUACCAAAUGCUGCUUCCAAACCAGGACAGUGGCAUGGGGGAAAAAAGGCUCGGCCUCCUCUCCCCCCCCCCCGACACAUAAUGCCCAAGAAGGAAGCAACUGGCCCUUUCCCCCCUCGGAAGGCACAAUUCUCUCCACAGCCUUCAUUCUGCUGUGGAGAAAACUCCUCCUGUUCAUGCGAAAUCUGCAAGGGCUGGACCAGAGGCCUGGCCUCGGUCGCUCCACCAGGCACCCAUCCAGUAGUGAAUGGCUGACGGGCACCUUCGCCAGCUCCUGCCAGCCGGCCACUGCUGGGGUCGGCUGGUGCGCGAUUGCACGCUUGCCUGCUGCCAGCUGUGGCCCCCCAGAGGCUCGAGCUUGUUAUGGGUGAAGCCGGCUGCACUUCUGCCCCCAGCCGGGUUUCCACCCAGGCAAAGCACUCGAACGGGGCCCACGCAAGCAGCAAGCUGGCCGGGUUCACGAUGAUGGCUCCUUCCCCCAGAUGCCGCGCGCAAGAGAGUGCUUCUGCCAGUGGGCGCACCGAGCCUGCGUGCGCACACAUGCUCAUCCGCGUCUUGCGUUCAAGUGAUGUCGGCGUUGCCGCAGCCAGGCAGACACUCUCCGUUUGGUGUAUCUUCUAAUCCCAGACUCUCUCCUUUUGUGUGCUUCCCUCUGAACUUUAAAUAUGAAUGUCCGAAAGCUGUUAGGACUCCUUUUUAUUGUAUAUACUGCUGCAUUCCCCCCUCCCUUGCUGUGUUCUUUUCAGAUGAGAUAGAUAUAUAAAUACCUAUAUAUAAUACUUGGAUUUUUCUUUUUCUCAUUCAUUGUUGUAGCAGUUGGCAACCAAUGUGUGCAGUUUUUAAUUUGAAGGUGGUCUAGCUAUUAUGGGGUGGGGGGAGGGGGGACAUGGAGGUGGGUGUUUUUCCCAUUUUCCUGAUAAAGGUGGACUUUAAUGGGUUUGUUUCUUUUUCUCUGUAUGAGGUGAAAUGUAAUAUUUUUGUGCAUGAUGGUUGUUAAUGCUCUCUGGUUGCAUUGAAGUCACAAUAUCUACACAUGACUACAAAAUGUAAAACAAGGCCAAAAAUCAACCCAUUGAUGUAGAAAGGAUAACUGUGUUGAGAAGUAAUAAAGAUAUUAAGUUCCAGCA